AUCCCCAACAGCAAAAGACGGUAAUUUUCAUGUUGACUCCUCUAAAUUAUCACAGUCCUUAACCCUAACAACAACAAAAUAAAAUACUCCAUACCCAGAUACGGGAAGAACUUAUCCGACUGCCUUUAACCAUGAAGCCAGCAGGAGCAGUGUUAUACCCUGUACAAGGUGUGACACUUCAUCGAGUUGCUGCUGGACAAAGAUCUCAGGGAGAUGGCGAGGAACAGGCAUUGAUCUCUUCUCCCCAGUUACAAGAAUCAGGAAAAAUACUUCUACAGUCAUCGACCAAAUCAAAAAUCACACAUAAGAAGACUAUCAAAGAAAUCAUUCACAAUGUUGAAGCUGUACACAAACUAAAAGAGGAUGUUGAACUGGAAAAUUCUGUAAUGUUACCUGUUUUAGGAAAAGAAACGUCUCAUAAUAUCAAGCGGACAAAUAAGUACUUACCGGAAGUUGCAGACAUUGCUCUUAAGCUGACAAAAGUUUCCAUUAUGUCUGCACCAGACACUUACUUGCUUAAUACUCCACCUAAGAAUUUAAACAAAGAGAGAAUCAUCCCCUUGAUUCCAAGAAGUCAAAGCACAGGUUCCCUCUCUUGUACAAGAGAAAGAGCUUCAAACAUAUAUUCCAAAAAGAGAAAAGACCCAAAGUUUGUGCCUUAUGAGCCCUAUAAAGGGUGUGUGAAGCCGAUACUUAGUAAAAAGAACAAAAUGAGGAACAAAGAAAGCAUAAGCGAGACUGAGGUGUCAGAACAAGAGGCAAAUAACACAUGUGUGGAGAAGACUUCUGCUGUCAGUGCUGAUAAUGAUGACAAGAAUGCCGAAAAGAUGAGCAUAUUAGUGAAGGACUUUGAAGAGGAAAGAGCAGCUUGGGAGAAGAACACAUCAAUUCUUAACUCUGAGAAGAAGAAGUUAGAGGACCAGCUCAGCCAAAUCAAGAAAGAAAAGAGUAUUUUGGAGAGUCAACUAAGUGUUCAGUCACAGGUUAAUACAGAACUGAAGAAACUCUUGGUUGCAUCAGUCGGUGAAGAUGUUCAGGGACGAGUGCAAUGUCUUACCGAAGACAAAGCACGCAUGGCUACCAUGAUUCGUCACUAUUCCGAGAGGGUGGAUCGUGAUUAUGAAGAAAAGGAAAGAAUGGGAAUUCAGUGCGAUGUUUGGCGCUCCAAGUUUCUCGGCAGCAGUAUGCUGGUUGAUGAUCUGGUGAGUUGCAAGGUGACACUGAUGCGCAAGUUGGAAGAGGCUGAAGAAGCACUGAGGGUUGUGAUAGAUGAACACGACUUGGCUCGGCAGCAUGUUCUCAACAUGUACAGAAUGAACAAACAACUUCGUGAUGCAUUUGAUCCACUUGCUGCUCAGUCUGGUGGGGUCCCGUCUUUGGCCUCGGCAGAUUUGGUCACUCUUGCUGUGGAUGGAGAUGUUUUAGCUGAAACUGUGAGAGAUCGUCUGCUUGGUGAUCUCGGCCGCUCUGUUGGCUGCUUCCUCUCUCUGGAAGGCCUGGAAACACAAACACCAGGGGAGAAAAUGGCCCGACAGGCUUGUGACAAGACAACCAAGAAUCUUCUUUUGGUGGGCCGACUAUGCUCUAGGGGUACAGCAUGUGCUGAGUGCAGCACUGUGUCUCCAGGAAGAGCUGCCAUGAUGCAUCGCUUUCAUCCAACUGCUCGUUAUGAGCAUGUCACUGUCAAUUGCUGCUCACACUGCAAUGGCGAGAUCAAAGUUGUGUGAUCGAGGUUAAUGUCAACUUCAGUUAUUUCUGUUUAUAGUAUAAGUAAAGCCUUGAUUUAACGGACUUAUAGGAGGGGUUUUUUGAGUUCCUGUUUAAUAAGAAUAAUGAUAAAAAUGGCAAAAAAACACUUAAGUACUCUAUACCUAAUGUUGUACUCUACUUACAAUUUACUGUUAUCUUGCAAUAAACAUUAAAAAUAGAGGUAUUAAAAGUACAAUUUAUCCACUGGAUUUUGCCUGUUAUUUUUAAAAAUCCAUUGUGUCAAGGUCCAUUAUAUCAAGGGUUUUCUGUAUGUCUACAUAAUCUUAUGAAUAUUAUUUCACAUCAUUUUACAUAGAUCAUUUGUUUGUAAUAAUAAUAUGUCUUUUGAGAGUGGUCCUAAUGGUUUGCCAGCAUGAAUUAAUAUAAUUGCCUCAGUGAACAUCAUUGUAUGUUUUAAUUUGUGAUGCUCAACUCAUGAAAAUAUUACUUGGUAUUCCAUUUUGAGCCAUUAACUGUCUAUUUGCCAUAAAUAUGAGCACUAUAUGAAAGACCCUGUAAUUUUCUAUUGUUAUUGAGGCUUCAAUAUUUACUCAAAAUAUUUCAGCAUGAAAACUUCUUCAGAACUUUUGGUAAUAUAUUUCUGCUGAAUUUUCCAUGUUGGUUUGAAUUAUCAUGAUAGUCACAAUUAACUUAUAUAGGUAUGUUAAAAUAUGUUGAAGGCACAAUUUUAGCUUUUGUAUACAAUAGUUUGUUGAAGCUGGAGAUAUAUUUUAAGCAUUAGAUUUAUAAAGUUUGUUACAACUAUUAUAUAUUUUAUGUAAUAGUAUAAUCCAGAGUUACAUCUGUUCAAAAUAUAAUUAUAUUUUUAAAUGAUCAUGUAUUUGAAUGGGUUGUUUAGUAUCACCAUUGUGUAUGGAGCUUUGCCUUUUUUUUUUUUUUUACCAACAAAUAAUACAAGUUUACAUACACAUCUGCAUUUUAAAUGCACAUUGUUGACUGGAGCUUUAAAAAUUAUUUUUGUAAUAUUGCAACAGACAUAUGCUACUCGUUUAAAAAUAAAGUGAGGUUGGUUGAUAUAAUAUGGAUAGGUAAUAUAUACACUGCCUGAAUUGCAUUAUUUGCUACCAAUAUUACUCAUCUUGUAGGUAUACUCAUAGUAUUUUUUUGUCUAUUUUUGUAAUGAGCAUGAUGUCUCAAAUAUUACACAUGAGCUGUGAUUACAAUGAAAAUGUAAUUAUUGAUGCACUGUAUAUUCUUAAAUGCUUGAAUAAACAUUUUUAUGUAUAUUUUUUAAAUAGGUGAAUGAGAAAUAGUAAUGUAGGUGCAUACAUAAUUAUACAUAAUUCUUAAUGUACACUUAUAUAAUAUAUACAUAACAUAUAUAUUGUAGUAUAUAUUUAUAAUGUUAGAAAUUGUCAGAAUUUUUUUUUUUUUUUUUUUUUUUUUUUUUUGCUAUAUGCUGCUUCUAAUAACUUUAUAAUUUCUCUGAAAGAUUUAAACAUGAAGAAAUCAUAAUUAAUAGUAUUUGUCCCAUGAUUAGCUCAUGGAGGAUCUUACCUCCACCAUUCCUUGCACGGGAUGAGGUGUUUAGAGCUUCAUAUAACACAUACGAGAGAGCUUCAUAUAACACAUACGAGCAUCAUAAUGAAACCGACUGUAGUACAAGGAAUCGCAGUUCAGUACCAUUCACUUUAUUUUCAGUUACAGUACUCUCUCAAAAUAUCUAUCCAUUAAUGAAGAAAGUCACAUUACUGGGGCUGGAACAAUUGACCUAAAUCCCUUAAGAUGAGUUUUGGUCCAUCCAGGACCAUUCUCAAGCCACAUUCAGAGCAAGAAACAGAGAUGGCCAGAAGACAAUACCGUAUUGUCUUCUGGCCAUAGUUAAAAGGCUCCUUGAUUAUGGAGACCAAGUCUAUUCUGCAGCUUCUUCUGCAGCUCUUUCUAAGUUAGAUCCCUUUCAUCAUCAGGGUCUAUGUUUAUUCUUUGUUGAAAGCCUUAGCAGAUCUUUGCGAUGCUCACUACCUUGGUACUUUGUCCUCUCUCAUGACCUUCAGGUUCCUUCUACGUAUAGGUUGGUCUCAGACAUUAGUAGAGGCCCGUUAUUUGAUCAGUGCCCCUGCUUACUCCGUCCAUUUUCUCUACAUUUUCACUCACACUGGUCCUCUCUCCAGUUGCCUCUCUUGUAUGUUUAUGUAGCAUCUGCCUUUUCCCUUUCCCUUUGGGAGAUUCUGACAGUUCAUGUGUGUUCUCCCAUACUGCCGUGUUCGAGGUGGUGUUCCCUGACAGUAUUAUCCGAGGUCAUUUGUUAGACUCGGCUAGUAUUUUUACUGCUGAGUUGUAUGACAUCCUCAUAGCACUUCUCCAUAUUACAUGUAUGUCUCCUUCAGCAUUUGUGAUCAUUUCAAAUUCCCUCGGUGCUUUACAGGUCAUUAAACAAUUUGAUUCCCCUCAUCCAUUGGUCCUGCAUAUUCAACUUUGGUUGCACCGUGUAGCUAGCAAAAACUGGUCUCACAGGCCAUAAAAUUUACUUGAAAAAAUAAAAUAUUAAAAAAUAAAAGAAAAACGCACAUUAAAAGUAAAUUACAGAGUGACCGGCAACCGCCGAUGUUGCCAUAAGAGGUAAGACGCCAUUUCUGUUGGGUCCCCGGGCAUGAUGUGUAGGGCAAUGAACAGGCGGAUGCUGUUGCAUGGUUGGCGGUGCGUGAUCGUCCAGUUUCCUACAGAGGUAUUCCGUUCAGGGAUUAUUUUAUCAUUUCUACCUGUCUUUGCAGCCAUUGGCAACAACGGUGGUCGGACAAGCACCAUAACAAAUUGCGCUCUAUUAAACAGCUUUUCGGUCUAUGACUAUCUUCUUACCACCGUUGCCAUACUCGGGAGUCUGUGCUUCCCCAUCUCUGCAUGGGUCAUACUCGCCUUACCCGUGGGUAUCUCGUAGAAUGACACCCUGUUCUUCUCUGUGAAGUUUGUUGGGUCCCUGUUUGAGUUGUUCACUUUCUUGUGGAUUGUCUGGUUUACCAGCAAGCUCACAGGAUUUACCUGCACCGACGCUGCCACCCUACCUCUCUUACCUUGCCUUCCCUUCUUGCAGACGGCCCUGCGUUCCACUUACGAUCACUUUUUGACUUUUUGUCAGCAACUGCUUUACUAUACGAACUUGAACACACAGCCCCUAACGUCCUUUCCAGCCCUUUUCUCCCCUCACCUUUGAUCUCCUUUGCACCUAACUGUUUAUAGCCCCAGCACCAUUUUCUGCCCAGCAGUGCUGCAUGACCCUUUUCAGUUUAGUGCUUUAUUUGAUUUUAAAAUAAAAGACUUUUCUCCUAUGUGUGUUUCUUUAGUGACUAUCCAGUUGUUUAUAUUUGCAAUAAAAUCACAGUAAACAGGUGAUAUCACAAUAUGCAAAACAAUAAACACUGAAAAAGUAGUGAAUUUCCAAGUGCUUUCGUGAUUUCUCACAUUAUCAAGGAACAGUUCCUUG